AGAUGCCUCGCUCAGACGGAUUUUCUCCGCGCAAAAAUUUGCGGAGAUCUGCUCGAGAUCACUCGCGUUCGUAUGCGGGUCAGUGCAACGAGGAUUUUGAUGACAUGUACGCACCAUCAAGCAGAAGAAGAAGCAGCGGUGGUGUAGAUGGAAAUGGGUACACACGUUCCGGACGGAAAAUUAAUCACAAUCGUUAUUACGAAGAGGAAUAUCAUGAGGCAAUUAGCAGCGAGGAAGAUGAAAGACGAUAUCGAACUCGAAGAAGCUCGAAUUCGAUGACAUACAGACAACAAGUAAUGCAGGCGAUAGAUGAAUCCAAGCGAAAUCAAAAAGUGCCGCCUGCAAAACGAAAGCGGAUAUAUUUGUCUGACGAGGAAGAGGAAGAUUUUGCUGAAGCGGCGCACGUUGAGAACACAGUCCCCGAGCGUGCAACUCGACGUAGCACCAGAAGACGUUCAUCAAUGCACGAAGAACUUGGAGUUUCAGAACAGGAAGAGUCGCCGGUUCGCAGGACUCGCAAAGCCGCCAAGCGCCUUGGAAGUGAGCAACCAGAGGAAAAUCUAGCAGCAGAUGAUCCGUUGCCAAUGGAAGGAGGUGGCGAGAUUGUGCUACCAAUUGCUGAAAUUGAUGGAAUGGCUGAACAAGAAAAUGAGGACUUGAUUGAGAAAAUUGGAAGGGAAGAAGAGGAGGAAGGCGCUGAAGAAGAUGAGCAAAGCGGUGAAAAAGAUCCAGAAGAAGAAGAGGAUGAUAGCAGCAAUGCAGAAAGUUCAGAGGAAUCAACUGCUCCACGUCAAUACAGUCUUCGCCGCCGUCAACCAGUUGUCCAGUUCAAUGCAUCAGAAGCUCGUGAAAAUCGACGGGCUCGUCUUGAACAUCAUCGGGUUGCAAAUCAAAACAGACAUCACCGCAAUCGAAAUGGAUCUCGUCGAAGACGAAGCGAUUCGGAUUCUGAUAGUGAUGAUAUGGUGCUUCCGAGACCUGAUAAACGUCAAUCGAGGCCUCAUAUGCAUAACCGUGGAGAACGUGAACGUGGUCGAUUUAUGCCGAUCAAUAUGACCGAAAAAGAAUUGCAGUCUGCCCAACACAUUCUGAUGGAUCGAAUGAGAAAAACUGAUGCUGGUCAAGGUGCAAGUGACAUUGAUCCAAUGAGUGUUGAUUCGUCGGUUGGUUUCGAUCAAGUUGGAGGACUCGGUCAUCAUAUUCAAUCUCUCAAAGAAGUUGUCCUUUUCCCAAUGCUUUAUCCUGAAGUAUUUGAAAAGUUCAGAAUAAAUCCGCCAAAAGGUGUCGUAUUCUAUGGGCCCCCAGGAACCGGAAAAACUCUUGUUGCACGUGCUCUUGCGAAUGAAUGCCGAAGAGGAGCCAACAAAGUUGCAUUCUUUAUGCGAAAAGGAGCUGAUUGUUUGAGUAAAUGGGUCGGAGAGUCUGAAAGACAACUUCGACUAUUGUUUGAUCAAGCAUAUGCCAUGCGUCCAUCAAUUAUCUUUUUUGAUGAAAUCGAUGGUUUAGCUCCAGUUCGUUCUUCGAAACAAGAUCAAAUUCAUGCGAGCAUAGUGAGUACAUUGUUAGCACUGAUGGACGGAUUAGAUGGUCGAGGAGAAGUUGUUGUAAUUGGAGCUACAAAUCGAUUAGAUACUCUUGAUCCAGCUCUACGAAGACCAGGACGUUUUGAUAGGGAACUCCGUUUUUCCCUUCCUGAUUUGAAUGCCCGACGACAAAUUUUAGAUAUUCACACUUCCAAAUGGGAGGAAAACAAACCGAUUCCGGAAACACUCGAUGCUAUUGCAGAGAGAACUAGUGGAUAUUGCGGUGCCGAUUUGAAAUUCUUGUGCACAGAAGCAGUUCUUAUUGGAUUGAGAUCUCGAUAUCCUCAUAUCUACAUGUGUUCUGAAAGGCUGAAACUCGACGUUGCCACCAUUAAAAUCACUUCUGAGCAUUUUGGACAUGCAAUGCGGAGGAUCACACCUGCUUCCAGACGAGAUCUUACAAUUCCAUCGAGACCAUUGGAUGAACGAACUUCAAUUUUACUUGGAGAUACUGUGAGCAACUUGAUUUCGUUGAGAAUUCCACAAGGAUAUCGAUGCGUGGAAAAUGCAAUGGCGACAGCUUCAAGCGAACUGGAACAAGUUGUUAGGGCAUUGGAACCUAAUCCAACCGUGCCUGCUAUUCGUCUUCUUCUAUGUGGAUCUGAGCAACUCGCGGACGGUGGACAAACGUCUUACGUUCUUCCCGCCAUUCUAGCAAAACUGGAUCAUCUACCGGUGUUCUCUCUUUCUGUUUCAAGUCUUUUAACAGAUGGACGUCCAGAAGAAGCAUUUUCAAAUGCAAUUCAGUCGGCAAUGCGUGCAUCAGCAACCGGCCCAUGUAUCAUGCUUCUUCCAUCAAUCGAUGAAUGGAUUAAAGUCAUUCCUGUAUCAGUUCAACAUAUGCUUAUCACAUGUCUGGAAUCAAUGACUGGUUUCACGCCGAUUCUUUUCCUAUCGACGCUUGACACUUCGUUUGAAGAUGCGCCUGAAUAUGUCACGGAAAUUUUCAGACAUGCAAACUGUAUCACUUUGAAUCCUUCCCGCCGAACAAUUCGUCAAAAAUAUUUCGAGCACGUUAUUGAGAAGAUUAACACUCCACCAAAAGUAUUUGAUCCAACAGUCUAUGAGAUGCCUCUACCAGAUGACGAUUCUCCCGAUUCGAAGCCUUCUAGAAAGCUCAAUGAUGACGAGACAAGAGAACUUUUGAAGAUGUACACUGCUUUGCAGCGACAAAUGAGAUUAUUCUUCAAAGAGAGGCUCACACGUCUUAUGCGAGAUCGUCGAUUCGUUGAAUUUGUCGAGCCCGUGGAUCCGGAUGAGGCUGAGGACUAUUAUGAGAUUAUCGAAACACCGAUUUGUAUGCAGGAUAUUAUGGAAAAGCUGAAUAAUUGCGAAUAUAAUCAUGCGGACAAAUUUGUUGCUGACUUGAUAUUGAUUCAAACGAAUGCUCUCGAAUAUAAUCCGUCGACAACAAAAGACGGAAAACUGAUUCGUCAAAUGGCAAAUACACUUCGAGAUGCAAUUGAUGAUCUGAUCGAGUGUGAACUUGACGAAUCGUUUGUCGAACGAAUUGAAACAGUUUCACGAAUGCUACAAGACGCUGGAGUAACUCCAACCUCUGAUAAAUUACUCACAGAAAUUCCCAAAGGUUUUGCCCGAAAAAAGGCGUGGUCUAUGACCAAUUCACUUGCAAAAGAAAUUGAGCAAUGGACAUCAGAGCGUGAAGCUGAAAAUCAAAAAAUGUUGAGCAAGCUUGGUGUAGCUGCUCCAACAUUGGAACUCGUUGUUGUCCCUGUAGAAGAUAUGAAAAGUGAAGAAGGAACGAGCACAUCAACUGAUGGAGUUCCAGCUUCUGCUGGAAAUAAAAAGAAAUUGCUCAAAAAGAAGAAGGGUCAAAAGAAAAGCAAAACCGGCGAAUCUGAAGAGCACGAUGAAGAUAGUACAGUUGAAGACGCAGGAGAAGAUACAAUUGUAGAAAAUCUUGAAAUCAAGAAAAAUCAGGAAACUCCAAACAGUGAACAUGAUAUCGAGAUGAAAGAUGCUUCUAAAGAUUCUACACCUUCCGUGCAAAUUUCGAUUGCUGAGAAAGAAUUGAUAGUUUCGAAGCCAGCAACAUGCGAGCUGAUUCAGUGUUGUGUCGAAAAGUCGGAGGGUUGGUCAGUCAGCGAGUUGGAACGUUUGUCUUCUGUUCUAUCACAUACAAUUGAACGAUUCCGGGACGAAUGGAACCGCGAAAAUCUACCAGCCCAACUUACCCAAAUUGUACGUGAAUGGCAAACAGCUGACGAUUCGAACAAUACAAUUGUUAAUGGAACCCUCAACAAAUCGAAUGGAAAUCUUGCCAAUGGACACUAAAUGAUGUCCCAUCCUCCUCUUCCAAUCUACCUCCGUUUAUCGAUUUUAUAAUUUCAAACUGAAAUCCGUUUUAUCAUAAUUUCCACCAGUUUUCCUCUUGUCAAAAACCCCUUUGUGCGAAAGAAAACUUUCAAAAUAAGUGCGGCUACCGUGAUACUCACCUAUUUUUCUUUGUCCAUUUUUAUUCAAAUUAAAUCUCUACCAUAAUUAAUUCCCCUCCAAUUUAUUCGAGUGAGCAUUGCCUGCCUCUCGGGUGUAUUCACGUGCCCUUCUAUUAUUUCAUUAAUCUUUUCCAUUAUCUUUAACCUGGUCUUUCGAAAAUGAGUAAAUUGUGAAUCAUUCGAUG